CUCCCGUAGGUUGGAAGUCUCGCUCCGCCACAUCCACUAUACCGCUACCAGUCCUUCGCUGGCAUAUAUACUCCAGCCGGUCCCUUAAGGCCUCAUUGGUGGUCUCCAUCGCGCAAUACCUUACCGUUCCUGGCCUGUCAAAAGCAAUGACGCCCCCUCUGCAAAAGCUCGAGAAGAUUGGAAAGAAGGUCAUCCACUAUCCGGAAGACAAGGUCUCCGUAGUCUCUGUGAAGGAUUGGUUCCGCUCACUUUCGCAAGACCCGAAGCAAGAUUUAAUAAAUUAUCUUACCAGCCUUUUUCCUAUACUUGGAUGGAUUACGCGAUAUAAUCUCGGAUGGUUGACUGGCGAUGUAAUUGCUGGUCUUACGGUGGGGAUGGUUUUAGUCCCUCAAAGCAUGUCAUACGCCCAGAUCGCAACAUUACCAGCAGAAUAUGGUCUCUAUUCAUCAUUUGUUGGUGUUCUAAUAUAUUGUUUCUUCGCCACCUCAAAAGAUGUAUCCAUCGGCCCAGUCGCUGUGAUGUCCCUCACGGUAUCGCAGAUCAUCGCUCAUGUGGAUAAGGCGCACCCGGGUCAAUGGGAAGGCCCGCAAAUUGCGACCACUGUUGCUUUCAUUUGCGGAUUCAUCGUCCUCGCAAUUGGACUGCUGCGUCUUGGUUGGAUCGUGGAAUUUAUCCCAGCCCCCGCCGUCAGUGGUUUCAUGACUGGUUCUGCCAUCAACAUCGUAGCCGGCCAAGUACCAGGGUUAAUGGGAAUAUCCGGAUUUAACACGAGGGGCGCCACAUAUCAAGUCAUCAUUAACACCCUGAAAGGCCUGCCGAGAACCAAGAUGGAUGCAGCUUUCGGACUUACUGGACUUACCUGCCUUUAUUUGGUCCGCGGAGUCUGUGACUACCUAGGCAAGCGGUUCCCUCAUAGAGCGCGGCUGUUCUUCUUUAUCUCGGUAUUCAGGAAUGCCUUCGUCCUCGUAGUCCUCACUAUCGCUUCCUGGUUGUACUGUCGCCACAGGCUUGUCAAGGGGAAAUAUCCCAUCAAAAUCUUGCAAAACGUUCCUCGAGGGUUCCAGCAUCUCGGACAACCGCAUAUAGAUCCUGAACUUGUCGGCGCUCUUGGGGCGGAACUACCUGUUGCCACAAUUAUUCUGCUGCUCGAACAUAUCGCUAUCUCAAAGUCAUUUGGACGUGUUAACAACUACAAGAUUAACCCUAACCAGGAAUUGAUCGCGAUAGGCGUCACCAACACCAUUGGUACCCUUUUCGGUGCCUACCCAGCGACCGGAUCUUUUUCUCGUUCCGCUCUGAAGUCGAAGUCAGGCGUGAGGACGCCUGCCGCAGGUCUUAUCACUGCUGUUGUUGUCAUCGUCGCCUUAUACGGGCUGACUCCGGCUUUCUUCUGGAUUCCCACUGCUGGUCUGUCCGCGGUAGUCAUUCACGCUGUCGCCGACCUUGUCGCAUCUCCUGCACAAGUUUACUCGUAUUGGCGUGUCUCCCCCGUGGAAUUCGUUAUCUGGCUGGCCGCUGUCCUUGUCACCGUCUUCUCCACCAUUGAAAACGGGAUCUACACCUCCAUCGCGGCCUCCUUUGCCUUGCUGUUAGUGCGUAUCGCCCGUCCUAGAGGCCAUUUCCUCGGCAAGGUUACUCUGCGCUCGGAGGCUAGCGAAAAGAGCCGCGACUCUCGGGACGUCUAUGUUCCGCUUCAGCCGCCAAGUGGGGUCAUGAAUCCUCAUCUCAAGGUGGACCCACCUGCGCCAGGUGUGAUCGUCUAUCGAUUCGAGGAGAGUUAUCUGUACCCCAACUCAUCCCUCAUCAAUUCGGCCAUUGUGGACUAUGUGAAAGAGCACACGAGGCGUGGAAAGAACAUGGGUGCGGUCAAACUUAGCGACCGACCGUGGAAUGAUCCUGGCCCUGGCCGUGGCAAGACCGCCGAGCCUGAGGACGACUCAAGUAAACCUUUAUUGCACGCCAUCGUACUUGACUUCUCCGGAGUGUCACAUAUAGAUACAACGGGCGUGCAGGCUCUCAUUGACACUCGAAAUGAAGUUGAAAGAUGGGCGGAUCGUCAAGUCGAGUUCCACUUCGCCACUAUCCUUUCGCCCUGGAUACGGCGAGCGUUGGUCGCUGGCGGGUUCGGUACCGGCGCGCCCGCAUCGAGUCUGCCGCGCGAAAUCGCGCCUGUCGUACCGUAUCACGGUGGAUACGGAGAGACGCCGACCACGGUUCGGGAUCCGGAAGCUGCUCCAGUCACACCGCCGAUAGAGUCGAGACAACGUAGCUCGAUAGACAGCUCGAGAUCAGACGCGACUCUUGCUCCGAUCGUGCCAGAAGACACACCCUUCUUCCAUUUCGACCUCGCUGAAGCUGUUCGCGCUGCAGAGAUCGGCUUGCUUCAGACGUCUUCACGAGAAACUGUUGAUGAACCUAAAAAGUCUAAUGUUUAAGAGACCGACUUUAGAGGACUACCGUGUAUUAUUUAUUUGCUUUCAGUCAUGCGUUACGAUCGUUGGGAUUAUACCAGUGUAUGAGGAUGCGAAAAGCCAAGGUAUCCUUUAGAUUUACGUAUUCUAGGGCGCCAUUGAUUCCCUAAUUGUAUGGAACCGAUUACGAAACGAAUGCCUG